UUACCCCUUCAAUAAUACAGGUAUUUUUUAUUUCACACAAAGGGCAACGAAGAACUGUGAAUUUCCUCUAUAAACAGAAUUAUUUUAACACCUGUCGUUUACAGAUUCUUGCACAUUAUUGAAUAUGUCGAAGUGAAUUCCGAUAAGAAUCAAGUUUUCGUUACGAAAGCUCGUUGGCCAAACUUGAAAGCGUCUCGGGUUGUAAGCUUUCCUCGUCACACCGUAGUUUUUGCCAAGAUUUUCUUUUAAAUAUUUACCUCCCUUGAAGAAGCUAAAGCGGAGAGGAGUCAGAAAAAGUCCGUCAGCUAAUGGAAAAUCUGAAAGGCAGUGAUUGUAAAUCCGGCGAUAAUGACCCCAUAGGAGAAAAGGAUGCCAAGAAUUACGACGAAGUCGGAGAUUGUGUUGAAAAAGCCGUACAAGCAAAGACAGUAAAGACCGUAACAGAAGAUUCCUCAAGUCAAACUGAGUUUACUGAAAUUUUGCAUCAACAGCUGGAGGCUUUGAAGGGUGAGUUUCAGCCAGCGAGAGAAGAAAUGGAGAAAGAAUUCAUUAAGGAAAAAGACUACCUUGAAAACAAGUUGAGGAAUGAGUACAUUGAGAUCAUCAAAGCUAAAGACGACCUCAUACGGGUUCUCACCGAGGAGAAGGAUUUCUUUUUAAAGGAACUCCGCCAUUUAAGGAAAUCGUUCGAUCUCUUUACCAAACAUGUCCAUCGAGAUGCGCUCCAACAUCUGGGCGACUGUGAUUGUCUAAAGAGCCUGGGCGCAAACUUAGGAGGGAACGGAAUUUACGAAAUUCAAGGAAGGGGCAGUUGCAAUGGUAACACGAACCUUCAUUGUGAAGAAUUUUUGAGCGUGCUACGCAAACAAGAAGAAGUUUUGUUUAAAUCAUUUGAAAGAGAAAAAGCCGAGUUUACAGAGAGGUUCGAACAAGACAAAAUGACUGUUAGAAAACUGACCGAAGAGGAAUGUCAAGCGAGGUAUGCUUAUGAAAGAGCUUACCUGCUCCAAAGCAUAGAUGGACUCAAAGAAGGUCUGGAUUGCUUGAGGAUUCAGAAAGAUGAACUCGCUAAAAUAUUCGAGGGCGAGAAAAAUGCAUUAGAGCUUAGUUACAAAAGAAAGGAGGAUGAACUGCGAAAUAAUUUGAGACUUGAACUCCAACGAAAAAUUAUUCAAGCGCAGAAGCCUUGGCCACAGACAAAAAUUUAAGGGUAUAGCGUCCCUUUUUUUCGUUAGUAACCUGAAUUAAAAAUAGCCUUCGUGGAUUGACGAAAAUGGAUUUGAAGUGACCAGCAGGUGUUUCUAGCAGUCAUUGUUUCCUUAGAUGCUUCCUUCUGUUAAUUCGUUAGUAUUAAUAGAAACAUGUUAAUAACUCUGAUUAAUGCCCUAAGUGCACAAAAGUUGAGAUCGCUGUCACGCGCGAGUGUUACCCACUGCUGUUACAGCGAAAAGGCAAAAAUAAAA